AUGACCACUGCCAUUGCUAUGCCGCCAGCCAUGCCACGUCCCCAUCCUGUACCUAUCGCCGCUGCACGCCCAAAACCCAAGCGUCCUCCUAUGUCAGGAAAGGAGAACUUGAUUCAAGUCAAGCCUGUCUCCGUAGGAGUGGUCAACAAUAUCAGGACCCGUCGAGAGAGGCCUUGCGACGCCUGCAGGAGGAGGAAGAGCCGCUGUGUGAUUCACGAGGGAGCAGUGCUCUGUGUGUUGUGCGAGUUCCACAAGCAGGAGUGCACCUUUGUGCAAAGCCCUGUGCCGCGCAAGAGGAAGCCUACGGGCGACGGUAACAAGGAGGAAGUGUCUAAGAAGAGAUCCGUCACAUCUGUUUCUCCUCCCCUUGCAGUGCAGGCAACCAGCAUCACGCCUCCCGCUAGUAGCCCGCCCAAAUCACCGACGACCCCAAGACACUUCGAGACCCUCGGCGAGACCAUUGGUUUGCAGAGGAGUCAGCACUGCAGGUACAUUGGGCCAACCACUCCCUACGACUCUAGAAUCAUUGGUCUCGCCCAGUUCGACAAGCGCAACGAAAGCAGCUUCAAUCUUGGCACACUCAGGCGGGUCACCAAUAAUGAAUGCUUCCUUAUGUUGUCAGACGACACCACCCGGGAAUAUGGAGACGAGGUAGAAGCGCUUAGGGCCGUCGAGCAGAUCGUUGCGCCUCAUGGCCCCGCAUUGCUUGACCUCUACUUCCGCGUCGUACACCCGAGCUUUCCCGUCAUACAGAAGCAGUUAUAUAUCGAGCGGCACCGCAGUGGUGAUCAACAGUUGUCGCCGUCUUUAUUGGCCGGUAUCUACAUCUUGGCGCUUAACUGGUGGUUAUCCGACCCGAGGCUGGCCCCACUCCCAAAGCCUGAUGUAAGGAAACUUGAAGCUCUUGCCUCCAAAUGGCUUGCAAGUUCAAUGCAGAGGCCGAAACUCUCGACCGUCCAGGCAGGGCUGUUGCUGCUUCAGAGGCCUGACGCUGAUUCGUGGAGCCUUACUACACAACUCGUUGCCAUUGGUCAAGAGCUAGGGCUGCAUCUGGACUGCUCUAAUUGGUCAAUCCCUCCAUGGGAGCGUGGAUUGCGAAAACGUCUAGCAUGGGCACUGUAUAUGCAGGACAAGUGGUCUUCGCUCAUCCACGGUCGGCCAUCUCAUAUAUUUAGCGCAAACUGGGCGGUCAAACCAAAUAGCGAGGAGGACUAUGAGGACGAGCGACUCACAAACUCACCCAUUGAAAACUCAUCCAAGGAGGACAAGGCGGAGGAAGAGAGAGGGCAGACGCACUUUGCUCAGAUGAUCGCUCUUACUCGCAUCAUGGCCGAGGUUAUGGACACAUUCUAUACCCAAGUGGCCAUUUCAGAUUUCGAGGUGGCGGGAAAGAAUUCCACAAGAUUGAUCUUGGAGAGAGCGAAGCCAGUCCAGAUCAAACUCAAAGACUGGUUCGCGAAGUUACCGGCUUCUUGUAAGAUGGACAGCUACAACGGAGGCCGGCUUUCUCCGAAUGGCUCUCUGCAUCUAGCAUACUUUGCUACGGAGAUCACACUCCACCGCCGGAUCGUUCAGUCGCUCAACCAAGAAACAGCCGACCCAUAUCUCAUGUACAUCUGCCGAUCUGCAGCAAAGACUCGCCUCAUCUCCGCCAUGGACUUCGUCAACCGUCUCAAGCCCGAGCAUCUGCAAUCCUUCUGGUACUUUGCCUCGAAGAUCAACUUCACUCUGAUCGGCACCUUCGGCAGUCUCCUCUGGGCCACCGCUCCCGCCAAAGAGGAAGCAGAUUUUUACAAGACUAGACUGCGCGAGUACAGGUGGACGCUGAGUGUCAGCAGUAAGCGCGCAGAGUUCCUCGACUACGCCGUGCAGAUGCUCGAUGCUUCGCGUGGUAUGCUCAGCAACCUCGCCGAAAAACCUCUGCUGGCUCAACUACAGGUCAGCAAUGCGGGCGUCCCUGCGGAGCGGACCACGGCGCCGCUGCCUCUGCCACAUGACCACAUGGGCGGCGAUGCAGGAUCGGAGAUGGGAAGAUAUAACUUCGCACCUACGUUCUCUGGGUUCCCGACGGAAGCUCUGGAUCAGUAUGGCAUGGACCAGGAGCUGGACGAGGAUUCGUCUGACUCUUCGCUCAUGGAGGAAUGA